AUGGAAGCCGAUGUCAACACCGUUCUCAGUGAUUCUACUUCAAGUCUACCUGUGACGUCUGAAAUGAUCGCUACUGAAACAUCGAAAGAUCCUGUUCUCCAGUCGGUGGUGUUCCAUAUCAAUGAAGGAUGGCCCAAUCAUUCCAAAGCAAUUAAUGAUCCAGUUGUCCAACAAUUCUUUAUCCGCCGAGACAGUCUGCUGAUCGUCCAAGGUUGCAUCAUGUUCGGCGAUAGAGUUGUUGUGCCAAACCGCUUUCGCAAACGCAUUCUUCAGCAACUACAUCGAGGCCAUCCGGGGAUGGAGCGAAUGAAAUCCCUAGCAAGAAGUUUCGUGUACUGGCCUAACAUCGAUGAUGCCGUCGAAAAAUAUGUUCGAUACUGCAGACCCUGUGCUGAAGCUGCUAAAUCACCACGCAAGACGGACCUGGAGUCGUGGCCCAUUCCAUCGAAGCCGUGGGAACGAGUCCAUAUCGAUUAUGCUGGCCCGAUUAAUGGAUACUACUACUUUCUGGUAAUUGACGCAUAUUCAAAAUGGCCAGAAAUCUACCGCACUCGAAGCACAAACACAACGAAAACGUUGGAAAUGCUAGACGAGAUUUUUUCAAGAUUCGGCAAUCCAAAAAUUCUGGUUUCGGAUAAUGGCUCGCAAUUUUCUAAUGGACAGGCUGAGCGCUUUGUGGACACUUUGAAAAGAGGACUCAAGAAGUUACGAGAGGGAGGAAAUCCAGCAACUUUCCGACAUCUUCAAACUUUCCUUUCCGUUUACCGGUCCACACCCAAUCGAAGUGCUCGUGAUCAUAAGUCACCUGCAGAGCUUCUAGGUAGACCCCUCACUACUACACUGGAUCUUCUUAAGCCCCGAAAAUCAAGCACACCAGCUGUAAACAGUAAGCAGAAUAACCAGUUCAAUCAACGCCAUGGUACCGUCAAGAGAGAGUUCUCCGCUGAUGAUUUAGUGUACGCAGAGGUUCAUCAUCACAAUCAAACCUCAUGGGUUCCUGGCAAGGUGAUUGAGAGAAAAGGCUCCGUCAUCUAUGCUGUACUUCUGGAAACCGGUCGUCUCAUCCGUUCUCAUACGAAUCAGCUACGACAGCGUCAUCUAGAAUCCAUUAGUGAAGCUACUGAAUCAAAUUUACCAUGGACCGUGCUGCUUGAGGAAUUUGGAAUGCAAAAUCUGUGUACUUCAUGUUCGGAUGAAACUGCCGAUCCUGAUUCCAAAGAAACGCAACAACCGCCUGAAAUGCUGCCCGAAGUGGCACACCCAAUUCAACAAUUGCCUGAAGUAUUGCACCCUGCCAAACCAACAUUGGACCAAGAAAUGGUUCUAGCACCAGAAGUCGUUGUUGAAGGCAGCAUUCCGCAGUGCUCCAAUCAACCCGUUCGUAACCGAAGGCUUCCGCCAUGGCUCGGAUCCUACGAUCUCUUUUAA